UGACAAUAAAAAAUUUAAUUUUGUAAAAAGUUUUCAUUAAUAAUAACUAAAGAUCUUUUUUUUUUCUUUUUGUGUAAGAAGUCCUGGACCAGAAGUAUUUUUAUUUUUUUGAAGUACGUUAGGUUGACAAUCUAUUUCAAGUGUUUUUGAGUAGUGCUGAUUACUAUCAUUAUUGUCGGGAAAGAAAUUUGAGAGAGAAUAAUUCAUUUUCAUACGAUUAAAGUCUCUAAAAAUAAAUGGAGAUGUAGGAUAGGAAAUCAAUCCUUGUGCUUAUAUUUUUAAAUUUAAGUAUUCGCAAUGAAAGCAUUUCUACUUUAAUUUUAUGUUCAUUUGUGAUUCCUUGGAUAACAUAUGUUCGAAACUUAAAUGUUUUAUAUUGAUUUAAAAGCUUCUUAGAAGCAAUAAAAAAAAAGAAUAUAUUUAUUCUUUAUGUCUGCUUUGUCGAUUACAAUGGCUCCACUUAGUCUCCAAAUAUAUUUCCCAUUUAAAAUGCUAACUCGUUAGGUUGAGAAUCACAAUAUGACUAAUCUCAUUUAAAACUAUUUUUAAAGUAGCGUUCUUUUAAACGACAACGUUUUAACCAAAAUAGAUAUUGUUUAGCGCUACGAUAAUGAUUAUUUAAAACUAUUUCUGAAAAUACCAUGCUGAGUUAUGUUUGGAAAAUCUGUUUGCAUAUUUGGAUUAUUUAUUCAUCAGUUCAAUAUUGUUGUGAAAUGUUGUUUUGUGAUUCAGUCGAAGAGAAAGCAAAUGCUAUACUUCAAUUUCCAGAAAAUACGUCCCAAAACGAUAGUUUUGUUUAUAAAAAUAAUGAGAAAGUAUGUAUUUGUUAUAUGAAACAAAAGAAAUGCGAUUUAUUUGACAAAUAUAAAAAUAAUACUAUAUGCAGCGUUGACAACACAAAUCUAACAGUAACAUUGAAAAAUGUCAUGAGAUCUACAAACAAUGAUACCAGCCAAUGUUGGGCAACCAGAAAGAAUUCCAAACAACUUUGUUGUUUUCAGAUAGUUAGUAAAGCUGAGAACAUGACUUGCGUAUCAAGAUCAGAAGAGAACAUUCACGUCUCAUGUAGUGCCACUAAAGUUUUCCCUAAGGCCAUUUGUAUGUUUACUAUUAGCAACAGUUCUACUCAGAUCUCUCAUAUGAUUGAAAAUGCGUCCAACUCAAUGUUCUCGCCUGAAGAUUCAACUAAUGACAUAUUUUACUACAAUGCUUCCUGUGAGAUUUAUCACAACAUAACAUUGGAAACAGUUGGCAACUACUCAAUAAUUGUGUCAAUAUAUCCAAAUAUUGAAAAUAAUAGUAAAUUAAUUCAUGAAACGAACAGAACUCUAAACAUCUUAUUUGAAAAACCAUCUAUUCAAUUUUCAAAUUGUCUAGCAAGCGUAGUGGCCCAUGUUAUCGUCAGCUGCUCAUGUCAGAUGAAAGGAUUAGGCUCAGCAAGUGCAACUUACAAUUGGUUCAACAACCAUAGCAAAACUUUACUUACUAACGAAUCUCUGCUAACAUUCGUAGCUACUAAAUAUGACACAGCUUUUCUGUGUGAAGCGAGAAGUGAUACGUUGAAUGUCACUAUAACCAAUGUUUACAACAUUACAAUAAUAACAGAAAUGGGAAACUAUGUUUCAAUAAUUAUAGUAAUUAUUGCUAUCAUCAUCAUAUUCUUCAGCACUGUUUUGUUAUCUCGAUAUGGAAACUGUCGGUCAAGGAACCUUUCUACUUACUUUACGUUAACUGAGGAAAAAUUUUUGGAAUUAAUUUAUGUCACAGAAGAUUUUGAUAAUGAAGAUGUUUACGUUUUGAAAACAAACGUGACCAAAAAGUUACCAGGACCUAAUGUAUCAUGCCUGUCCUUGUCGACUACUGAGAUUGAGAAAGUAGUUUCAUUAAAGCUUAGAAGAAACGAGGAUACCUAUACAAGAAUUUCCUACACAGAAGCAAGCCAUUAUCACACAAUAGACAGAUUGUCUACAUUAUCAACAGAAACGACUAUAGACGGUAAAGAGUCAACAUGUGGAAGGUUUCAGUUGAAAAGCCUAGCUUUUGAUAUUAAAUCAGAUUCCGCCCAGUCUAGUACUAACGUCUCAGAAUCACAAGGUGUUUAUAGUUUUGCUCAGGUUAAGCAAGAGAUCAACGUUUAUGAAUGUAUUACAUAAUUUUAAAGUCUGACCAUCUGCGUGUCUUUGUUUAAACUAUUGAUAUCACAAUAAAUGUGUGUUUUGUGCUUCAAUUUCUUAGAUAGAAAGAAUGCUUUCAACUGCGUUUGAAAAGAAGACUAAUACUUGUUAAAAAGUGAAACUAUUCAUUUUUGUUUUGAAAAAAGAUAAAUAUGCACAGUAGAUAUAUACACUAAUAAAUCUAACCUAUCUCGAACAAGGGAAACAAUUUUAUUUAAAUGAUAAGGUGGUAUAAAUUGAAUUAGUCUCCUUUAUUGUUUUGUAGAAAAACAAGUUUAUAAAUAGCUAUAAAACUAUUUUCAUGAGCAGCUCCCUGACACAAUGGUUGCCGUAUCGCCUUGAGGAGGCCAUAGCCCUGGAGUGCGAGUUUGUUACUCACUUUUUUUUUAUAAAUACAAAUAAAAAGCGAUCACUAGGAUACACACUUCUUUCUCCCCCUCUUCCACCUACCCCUUUUCAACUGGUCCACACAAUUGAUAGGAUCAUAUCGUAUUGAGAAAACUAAAAGCAAUGAAUUGCGUUAAAAACAAAACAUUUGGUUUAGAUAGGUCUAAUCGCACAGAUUUGUUAUUGGUAGUCUAGAUCUAUUACAAAUUUAAAUACAUGACUGUUCCGAACUAAUAGAUAGGCCUACAACAACACUUAAUAUUAGAGUUUAAAAG